CCGGGAGGGAACUGUCAUCUAAGGGUAUGUUAUUAUAUAAGCGAGGCCUGGCUAGCUGGGGCCCUCGCCAAAUACAACGUCUGCCAGCAGAUAUUUAGUAUUCGUCACUCUCGUAGAAAAAGGUGCCAAAUGUGAUGAGGGAAAUAUACACUAUCCCGCCGCCAGCUAGCGACAUUAGCAUAGCAUUGGUGUUGAUCAGCCCAACAUGGGCAAACACUACGGGUAGAGCAACGCCCGACAUCAGGAAGAAACCGGUGAGGAAACGGCCGAAAUCCGCUAAUAGAUCGGGGGCAUCGCUCAUAAAAUCGUCGCUGGUAGUGUGUCCGCACAGCGAAUUGGGCAGCGGCGCUAGCAGGAACAUGGCGACAACAAUUAGCGUCAGCCAGUUCUCAUAGAGUGCGCCGGACAGCACGAUAAGCACGAAUCCAAGCGUCAUCAAACAUGACAAUAGCAAUAUCUUCUGUACCUGCGAUCCUACCAUCGUCGACUCAGUGCAAGGCCUCAAUCUGGUGGGGACAGGAGAUGGCGAUAUGGUGUGUCAUCAUCACUCCAAAUGCUAACAACCAGUUCCGCAACUCGUAUGACAACGAUUCGGUGACAUACUCGCCCACGGGCCGACUUUUCCAAGUCGAGUACGCCCUGGAGGCGAUCAAGCAAGGAUCCGCCACCGUGGGACUGGUAUCCAAAACCCACGCCGUGCUGGUUGCGUUAAAGCGUAACGCUGAAGAGCUGGGCUCUUACCAGAAAAAAAUCUUAGAUAUUGAUUCCCAUAUGGGACUCGCGCUUGCUGGUCUGGCGCCCGACGCCCGUCUUCUUUGCAAUCACCUGCGCACGCUGAGUCUGCAAAGUCGCAUGCUCUAUGAUCGGCCCCUCAGCGUGGCAAAGGCCGUGUCUUCCAUUGCCGACAAGGCCCAGACCAACACCCAGCAGUACGGCCGCCGGCCCUAUGGCGUUGGUUUGUUGGUAGUCGGCUACGACGAGACGGGGCCCCAUCUGUUUGAGUUCUUACCGUCCGGAACCACGCUUGAGUACGUUGGUUCGGCCAUUGGUGCCCGUUCUCAGGCGGCUCGUACUUACCUCGAGCGCCAGUUCGAGUCCUUUGAAAACGCGUCUUUGGAAGAGCUGAUCGUACACGGUCUGACCGCUUUGCGUGACACCCUCCCCCAAGACAAAGAGCUCACCUUCAAAAAUACAUCUAUCGCCGUCGUUGGAAAAGAUCUUGAUUUCAAAAUCCUUGAAGACGAGGACGUAGCUCCCUGGCUUGACAAGCUUGAUUCCACGAGCAGAGUGACUUCAGGCAACACUGGCGACGACGAUGAACGAGCAGAGGUCGACGCCCAGACGCAAGACCAGGCGGCCGAGCCGUCGACAUCGACCGAGCAGCCAGCCACAGAGCACUCCGAUAAUACGGCGGCAGAGCAGGACCGGUCUGAUCUGGGGUAUUUGUAUCGGCAGCACGCUUUCCUCCCUUCCCCACACACACCACCUGAUUCCCCUCGCAAAAUGUCCAAACCUUUCUUGAAUCUCUCUAGCACCAUCAGAACUGCAGAGCCUGCCAAAGCCGACACGUCUGCCGAAUCAGCUAUUGAUCUCUCCGGCUCAGCAACGGCCCCUCUGCCCAUCAAGGGCAAUCGUCGUCGCACAUCGUCACUGAUCGGUGGCGGCACUCCGCUUGAUUUACGUCCCGUCGUCCAGUGCAGCCCAGAGUCUCAGUUCAGCGUGCUGGGAUCCCCUUAACUUAAACUCACAGUUGCCGAACUGGACCCAAAGGCCCCUUCCCCACAGCAUGUGACGCCAAUCAUGCUAUUCUUGUUAGGGUAAGGGCCUGAUCCGGACGGCAAAGCCCCCUCUCGAUUAUUUUCAUGUUAUAUGUUUUAAACUUUUUUAUGAUUUAUUCAAUUGUCAAAUGCAUA